CUGCCUUUGUUUCCAGCGGCACAUUAAAUCUGCAGCUGGAGUGAUCCAUUCGACUGUCAUGACAUAUAAUACAUGGUCACCCCUAACAUUCCUCUACAACACCUAGACAGCCUAACGCUUGAAGAAAAUUGUGAACUAUUGCCAAUAUGAAAGGAAAGAUUCAAACAGUUUUGGGCUUGAUCGAACCAGAUAAGCUUGGAGUCACCCUCACGCAUGAGCACCUUCUUCAUGAUUUGCCAUUGGAAGUCUUCCGGAAGCCGAUGCCAAGUUCACUGCCAUCAGAGCUCUCGGCAUCCCAUUCAUCAGUUUCCAUGGAAAACCUAGGAUGGAUUCGACAAUAUCCGUACUGCUUUGAUUCGAACAAUGCGUUCAGUGAUGCUUCAGUUCGAAGUGCCAUUCUGGAAGAAAUGAAAUUUUUCAAGCUGUCUGGUGGAAAUACCAUAGUAGACAAUGGAUCUGUUGGACUUCGAGCGAAAGAUCAAGCGGAAUUCUUAAGAAAUCUUUCAGCUGAGAGUAACGUAAAUAUAGUUCUUGGAACUGGUUUCUACGUUUCAAUGUCUCAAACUUCUUCUACAUUGAAUAUGACUCAAGAACAAAUGGCAGAGAAAAUGCGAGAAGAUAUUUUAAAUGGAGUUGAUGGGACUAUGGUAAAAUGCGGGGUAAUAGGUGAAGUAGGAGUUUCUUGGCCAUUGGAACCUUUUGAGAAAAGGUCAAUAAGGGCUUCAGCAAUAGUUCAACAAGAAACUGGCUGUCCUGUGAUUAUUCAUCCUGGUAGAGACAGAAAAUCGCCCGAAGAAAUUGUGAGAAUAUUUCAAGAAACCGGUGGGAAAGUCUCUAGGGUGGUUAUGUCCCAUCUUGAUCGUACAUUGUUUACAAGAGAAGAUCUAGUUGAAUUUGCUGCUUUAGGUACCUUUUGUGAGUUUGAUCUGUUUGGAAUCGAAGUAUCGCACUAUCAGCACAAUACUAAUGUGGACAUGCCAAGCGAUGCCCAGCGUGUAGAUCAUAUUCACUCCCUUAUUAAGGAAGGAUAUGGAGACAAAAUUGUUGUGAGUCAUGAUAUUCACACAAAGCAUAGACUGAUGAAGUAUGGAGGCCAUGGAUUUUCACACAUAAUUGUUAACGUACUUCCUAAAAUGCUCAAUCGAGGGCUAAAUACGCAAGACAUUAACAAAAUUCUUAUCAGUAAUCCUAAAUCUUGGCUGACUUUUCAGUAACUAGUAAUUUAUGAAGUGUAAAAAGGAAGGAUGUAACGAUAGACUUGUUUUUAACACUAUUUUUUGAAAAACUUUCUUAGUGAUAAUUUUUAUUUCUAGCUCUUACUGUUUUUUUUUUUUUUUUUACUUUUAGAAAUAGUUGUGAAUAUGAAAUAAUUCUUUCACGUUUGUAAAAUUGAA